AUGUUGUUCCUCUUGCAGCUCACCAGCUUCAUCAUCAUCCUGCUGAUCAUUGCCGCGAUCGCCUCCAUUGUUGUAAAUGCCACCAAUGAGGGCAGCCGUGAUGAAGUCCUCUCGUACACCACUGGUAUGGCGAUCUUCGUUUUGGUCAUCUUGAAUGCGGGGAUCGCUGCGUACACGGAGAACGCUGCCGGCAACGCCUUGGAUGCUCUGGCGAAGUUGUCGCAGCCGGAGGUCUCCGUGAUGCGGGGUGGGGAGGUGGUGAGCAUCCCCACGGUGGACGUGGUCCGUGGGGACAUCAUUCUGCUGGAGACGGGCGAUGUGGUUCCAGCCGAUCUGCGGCUGAUCACAGCCGCGGACUUGAAGGUCGACGAGAAAGCCUUGACCGGUGAGCCGGACGAUGUGUCCAAGAACACCAAGAUCAAGGAACAGACCAAGCUUACACCCGAGAACAUGGUUUUCUCUGGAUGUCCUGUGGCCAACGGCAAGUGCAAGGGCGUGGUGGUGGCCACCGGAAUGGAGACGCGCAUCGGUGAAAUUGCCAAGAUGAUGGCCUCUGAGGACAAGGAGGCCAUGGAAGCCAUGAAAAAUGGGGGAUUUCAACCUCAAAGAUGA